CCUGGCGUCCCCUCCGGCGUCCGGCCGCUCCCGUCUUCCGAGUUGGGGCCAGAUGACCGGCCGCCGCCGCCGCCGCCGCGAGCUGUCCCUGGGGCGCGCCUGCCCCGGCAGAGCCGGCUGCCCUGCGCUCAGGCGCCCGUGCGUCCCCAGCCUCCGCCCCGGCGCGGGGGCGUUCGAGUCGCGCGUGCGCAGCGCGGGAGGGGCGCGGGCUCGACCCCCCGGGCUGGCGCGUGCGCUGACAGAGCGUGGGGCGGCGGGGGGCCCGCGGCGGUCGGCUGGGAUGAGCCUCCGGACGCUGUGGCCUAUCUGAGGAGAAGGCCGGUGCGGGAGGAGCGCGCCGAGCCGUGCCAUGGCGUUCCUGACCGGGCCGCGCCUGCUGGACUGGGCCAGCUCGCCGCCGCACCUGCAGUUCAAUAAGUUCGUGCUGACCGGCUACCGGCCAGCCAGCAGCGGCUCGGGCUGCCUGCGCAGCCUCUUCUACCUGCACAACGAGCUGGGCAACAUCUACACGCACGGCUUGGCCCUGCUGGGCUUCCUGGUGCUGUUGCCGAUGACCAUGCCCUGGGGGCAGCUGGGCAAGGACGGCUGGCUGGGGGGCACACACUGCGUGGCCUGCCUGGCACCCCCUGUGGGCUCUGUGCUCUAUCACCUCUUCAUGUGCCACCAAGGGGGCGGCCCUGUGUACGCCCGGCUCCUCGCCCUGGAUAUGUGUGGGGUCUGCCUUGUCAACACCCUCGGGGCCCUGCCCAUCAUCCACUGCACACUGGCCUGCAGGCCCUGGCUGCGCCCAGCUGCCCUGGUGGGCUACACCAUGCUGUCAGGUGUGGCUGGCUGGCGGGCCCUCACCGCCCCCUCCACCAGUGCCCGGCUCAGAGCCUUUGGUUGGCAAGCUGGUGCCCGCCUGCUGGUAUUUGGGGCCCGGGGAGUGGGGCUGGGCUCAGGAGCUCCAGGCUCCCUGCCCUGCUACCUGCGCAUGGAUGCACUGGCACUGCUUGGGGGGUUGGUGAAUGUGGCCCGCUUGCCAGAGCGCUGGGGACCUGGACGCUUCGAUUAUUGGGGCAACUCCCACCAGAUCAUGCACCUGCUCAGCGUGGGCUCCAUCCUUCAGCUGCAUGCCGGCGUCGUGCCUGACCUGCUCUGGGCCGCCCACCAUGCCUGUCCCCCAGAUUGAGCUGCCUCCUGCCUGCCAUACUGGCCUGUCCAGGGCCUCCUGGGGCCAACACCACCACACUUUCCUCCUGCUGGCCUACAAGGGGCCGGCUCCCUGGGUGCCUCCAGCGAGCAAGACAUCCCAGCUGGGAGCCCUCAUCUGCUCAUCCACUCUUCCCUGUGGACUAACCUCUUCUUCAACGCAGGCCUUGAAGCUCCAGCUUCCGCUCCCUGCCCUCUCCCUCCAGGGUACUGUUCUACUGUCAGCAGGAAGGAACCUUUCCCUCUCUGGGCCUCCAUUUACCCUCUGGGACCUGUGAGGGGUGGCUCUCUGGAGUUACGUCUUGCUCUGACAGUUGGGGUGCUGCCAGCUUACCAGGCCUGCAAGCCCAGAGCCAUCGCUCCCUGUGGCCCCUCCCACAGGCACCUCCUAGGGCCCUGGGCCAGCCCCUCAGGCCCAUGCUUCCUGACCUCCGUCUUUCUGCCCCAGCCCUUCCAGCAGCCAGAAGCUUGCCCACCUUUCUCCCUUCUGUCCAGAUACUGUGGAGUGAGGGGUAUGGAGCAGCAGGACUAGCCUCUUCUCCCAGGACCAUGUGGGCACUGACCCUUCCUGUACCAGCUGGCCAAGAGGCUGCUGCUUCUUCCAGGCAACUGGUAUAGACCUAAAGUGGUGUGACCUGGACCCAGGCUCCACAGAUCCAGGCCCCAUAGGACUAAAGGCCCACCUUCCACCUUCAGUGCCAUGCUCUCACGGCUCUACCUGCCCAUCGGGGACGUUCCCACUCAGGAAAUCUCUUUGCUGCACACAGUGUGUGGCUCUGUUUCUACAGCAGGGCUCAGUCUCAGGGCCCGUCCCUGGGGCCUAAGGCCCUGGACAUCAAUAAAGGGACAGGAAGCACUGUGUUGCCACACAAGCAAGCCUGGAUGCUCCCAGGAUUCAAAUACCUUUUAUUAGAUAUGGCCAGGCAGAGGGGACCAUGAGAGUUCCCAUAGGGAAAGGGGAUAAAAGGUUAAAAGCACCGAGGCUGGGCCGAGGGCUCAGGUUGGGUCCAGUGAGUCCUCAAAUAGGCUGAGGAGGUUCCGAGGCUCAAAGGAGGGGAAGGAGCCCCGAGGAGGCUCCAAGUCAAUGUCACUUAGGUCCAGGGCAUCCCUGGUGGGACGGAAGAAAAAGGAAUGACAUUCGGGAUCUGAAAGCCAACCCUGCCCACCCCCCAGCCUGGGGCCUGCUUACCUCGGUGUGUGCCUGCUCCAGGGGGUGGAGGUGCUCCCGUUGGCCUGGGCCAGGACGGCCUCUGGAGAGAACGAGGGCCUGCAGGAGGGUGAGUGAGAGAAGCAGGGUGUCGAGGGGUGAGGAGCAUAGGACAAGGCCAGCUCUGUCCCUGCUCAGGUUCCAGGUUCCUACCUGACACAGGCAGGGGAGCCUCAGCCUGGGCAAUAAAAACAUGAUGCACUUUGAAAGCA